AUGACUUUAAUCAGUCUAUUCAACUCGAAACUUUUUGCUUCGAUCAACUCGACGAAUGCGUGGUGUAAACUCGGAAAUUAUUUCUACUUUAUUCUACCUUGUCUCGCGUCGACUUAUCUCAUCUUCGCAUCAAUUGAUCGAUUUUGUGCAAGUUCAUCAUCUAAUAGACUGCAUAAGAUCAAUCAAUUAAAGAUUAGUUAUCUUCUCGCUUUUCUAAUCUUGUUCGUUUGGACUGGUUUUGCUUUACAUACUGUCAUUGAAUAUGAUUUUCGAUUGAAUUCAGUCAAUCGCAUUCAAUGUACUCCUCGCAUCUAUAAUGAACAAUUAUUCGUAAUCAUCGAUGGAUAUUUCUUUGCUUCAUUCAAUGGAAUUGUCAGCCCGUUGUUCUUAAUUCUUUUCGGUUUGCUCAUUGUUCGUAAUAUAAACCAAAUUCAUCGACGAACUCAUCCUCAAUCGUCAUCCGCAAUGCUAUCCGCCGGCAAUCGUCAGUCGAACGUUCGUUAUACUCAAGGAAACCAACAUUUGAUUCGCAUGCUUCUCUCCCAAAACUGUUUGACCGUCUUUUUAAAUAUUCCCUUUGUUACUCUUUAUCUGUAUGGGAUUUACAAUUCCAAACCACAGUAUUGGUUAUCUUUAUUACUUUAUAGAAUAUUCACAUACAUUGCACGAUGGUUCUGGUUUAUGAAUUUUAGCAAAUCAUUUUAUGUGAAUAUUCUAUGUAGUCAAACAUUCCGGAAUGUCUUGGUACGACGACUAUUGCAUGUGUUCUCCACUCAACAGAAUCGAAUGAGAAUAGAUCGAUCAAUUCCACGUCUUCAAGUUCAAAUUCAGACAAGUUAUAAUUCAGAUUAUGAUUUAGAACUAACACGUCGAUAG